AGCAGCUGGGGGCAAAGUGAUACAGUGGAACGGACAUCGUGUUUUUGGUGUUCUUGCAAUGUCAAGGUCCAUAGGUAUGUAUGUAUGUAUCUACUGGCUACUACAACUUGCAGUUUUCCAAAAAGCCCGUAUUAAAAGUGACAAUAAAAAACCAAAAUAAAAAAAUUGCAGGAGACAGGUACUUGAAACCUUGGAUCAUCCCAGACCCCGAAGUGUCCUUCAUUCCAAGAACCAAGGAGGAUGACUGUCUCGUUCUGGCGAGCGACGGUUUAUGGGACGUGAUGACAAAUGGAGAAGUCUGCGAUUUGGCGCGCAAACGCAUACUCCAAUGGCACAAGAAGAACUACGAAAGCAACGGUGGGACCCACCUCCCCGGGAGAGGCGAAGGGGUGGACCCCGCGUCCCAGGCUGCAGCAGAGUACCUAUCGACCCGCGCCCUCCAGAAGGGUAGCAAGGACAACAUAACCGUGAUCGUGGUGGAUUUGAAAGCUCAUAGAAGGUUUAAGAACAAAAGCUAACGCUCGUCACACCGACAGACAGUGUUAUAACAUUGUCAUUCCCGUAGGGUACGUAUUCUCAUUUAGGGCCAUGAUAAAGGCACCCCGACCUUCUCAUAACGCACCCGUUGCUGUUUUUCAAUGUGUGUAGGUGUCUUUGAGCAGGGUGGGGUGACUUUAGCAUUUUCCUUUUAUUUAAUUUAUUAUUAAGCUGCACCGGGCUAUUUCGGGAGAAAUUACGUACAAAAUAUUUGAUUGGUUGUAACCACAACCAUUAUUCAGCAACAAUAUAUGAAUUGAAAAAAAAAUUGUAGAUAUGUUACCUUUAUGUCUGUAAACUUCACAAUUUAUGUUUUUGCUGCACCAAGUGUACAUUGUAAUGUUUUCACCCCGGGUAGUGGAUCAUCCGACGUGUUUGAUUGAUUUAACUCAUUC